AUGGUGGACAGGAGGGGCCAUCCCAUGUACCUACUGUGCAGGGGCUCCGGACUCCAGGGGUCCAACAGCCACGCCCGCCCCGGGGGGGUCUCCGGGAGCGCGCGCUACUCUCCUGUUUCACUGGAACAGGACUCCGCGGUGAAUAAUGGAUCAGGCGCUCGCAGCGGCCUCAAAGCGGACAUAAAGGGGGCAGCGUCGCGCGUCGCGGGCCCCUCCGCCUCCAGCUCGCCUUCGCCGGGCCCGCGGCUCGGAGCCCGCUCUCCGAAGCACCUGCCGUACCCCCGCCGCGCCGACAUGAGCAUGCAGGGCAACGUGUACAACUUCCUGGAGAGGCCCAGCGGACGAAAGUGCUUCCUCUACCACUUCUCAGUGUUCCUGAUGGUGCUGAUCUGCCUCCUCUUCAGCGUGCUCUCCACCAUCGAGCAGUAUGCCGUCUUCGCCACCGGGACCCUCUUUUGGAUGGAGAUUGUUCUGGUGGUGUUUUUCGGUGCGGAGUACGUGGUCCGCUUGUGGUCAGCGGGAUGCCGCAGCAAAUAUGUGGGCAUCAAGGGCCGACUUCGCUUUGCCAGGAAACCCAUCUGUAUCAUAGACUUGAUCAUAGUCGUUGCCUCGGUCAUUGUCCUGAGCGUGGGCUCCAAUGGACAGGUGUUUGCGACUUCAGCCAUCAGGGGUAUACGAUUCCUGCAGAUUCUACGUAUGCUGCAUGUGGACCGACAGGGGGGCACCUGGAGGCUUCUGGGAUCUGUAGUUUUUAUUCAUAGACAAGAGCUGAUAACCACACUGUACAUUGGUUUCUUGGGCCUUAUCUUCUCUUCCUACUUCGUAUACCUGGCUGAAAAGGAUGCGGUAGAUGAGGAGGGCAAGACUGGCUUCUCCACCUAUGCGGACGCCCUGUGGUGGGGUGUGGUGACGGUGACAACCAUCGGCUACGGGGACAAGGUCCCUCAGACAUGGAUUGGAAAGACCAUCGCAUCCUGCUUCAGCGUAUUUGCCAUCUCCUUCUUCGCUCUGCCGGCGGGGAUUUUGGGUUCAGGCUUUGCUCUGAAGGUGCAGCAGAAGCAGAGGCAGAAGCACUUCAACAGACAGAUCCCUGCCGCAGCCUCUCUCAUCCAGACGCUGUGGCGCUGCUACGCUGCGGAGUCCCCUGAAGGCUGCCCUGCCACGUGGGCGAUGUACGAGCUGACCGUCGACCGCGUUCCUGCCAUGGCUGCCGAAGGCGGCAGAGAGAACUUCAGGAAACUGAGCAAGCGCUGCAGGAAGAAGCCCAAGUUCCCUCGUGACAAUGGCUUCCUGGGUCCCGCUGUCUCUGGAGAGCAAGCCCUGUCCGUGCCGCAAAUCACGUUUGAGCACGCGGACAGUGCGGACGCGAAGAAGGAGGCCUCUUUAUACCUGGACGAAUCCUCAGGUCAUCAACAGCCAUGGCCACCCUUGUCUCUCAGCUGUCCUGCUUCUCCAGUCAAAAAGAGCCUGGAUGUUCCCUCCCUAGAUGUCUCGAGGACCAACAGCUUUGUAGAUGAGGUGGACUUUGUUGCAGAGGAUGUGACAUCUCCCCUGGUGACAGGCACAUCUGAGCUGUCACACGCUCACAAAGCAGCCAUCAGAGUCAUCCGAAGAAUGCAAUACUUUGUGGCCAGACGGAAAUUUCAGCAAGCCAGGAAACCAUAUGACGUGCGAGACGUGAUCGAACAGUACUCCCAAGGCCAUCUGAACAUGAUGGUACGCAUUAAAGAGUUGCAGAGAAGACUGGAUAACUCCUUGGGGAAAGCUGGAAUGUUCCUACCAGAAAAGGGUGUGGACAAAGAGUACUACACGGUUGGAGCCAGACUGAUUCGACUGGAGGACAAGGUGUUGCAGAUGGACCAGAAGAUGGAGACGAUUCUGAAGAUCCUGGUGGAGCAAUUCAGAACCCAGACACCUAUGUCAGCGGAGUCGCAAUAAUGAAGAUCAGAGGUCCCGGCUUAGAGAAAGACCAAUGAUGUUGCGAGGCAUCCUUGUUCUGUCAGAUUUCCCACCUGGCCAGGAGCUGGGACUCAUGGCUGGAUAGACCAGCUCUUUCCACGUUCCUGCUCCCCUGGAACAUCAGUGAAAAUGACCUCUGAUGUGACAGCCAAACAUAGCUCCCAGUCAUGGCCUCUGUGGGUAUGUGUAUGGCAACCCUCCAGCCAAACAGUCUGUUGCAUUCAUCUGAGUUCAGAUGGGUAUGAGCAGGCUCUCCUGAUGUAUAACAUAUCCUCAGUCAACUCUUCCAGCUUGAUAACCAGACCUUGUCUGCACUCCCACCAGUGGCAUUUACCAGAACUAUGACUGACCUCACAGGAUGUUUUUACUUUAAAUUCACCGCUGUGCAAAAGUGGGUGUUGCCAUGUGACAUCAAAUUAUCUAUUCUUCCUAAAAUUAGAAGAAAAAUCAGCCUACCAUCCAA